UUCUUCUCUGUCUCUGUUGAAUAAAGAAAUUAGUAACUAAAAAGUACAAAUUGAAAUGAUAAUCUAAAUUGCCCGAACUACUUUGGAUCUCUUUUUACUAUUAAUCGCACUUUUCUUUCUGAAUUGGUUUUCAUCCUUUGGAUCAGGAACGAUGACGACGGACAACUCCAGCUCCCGGAGGCUCUUGCCUGGCCGUCAGAACUCGCGUGAGAUGGAGAGCAUCAACGGAAAGGGCCAGAGGUCUACCAAUCAAGCUCCAUUGGCAGAUGGAGCAGAUGAGUUCGAGGAUGAGACGCUUAUUACGCCGGAAUCAUUGUCCCACAGAAUUGGUGGAGGUUUCCAAAGAAAUUUAGGCUCUGCGAGUUGGGGCGUUUUCAGUAGCCUGAAGAUUGUGCUGCUCAAAUCCAAGCUCAAUGUGCUGAUACUAUGUGGCUUCUUGGCGAUCCUGGUCAACUAUCUCACCCAAAAUCAUGGCUGGGUGUUUCCUCUGAGCUUGUUGGGUAUCAUUCCUUUGGCUGAGCGAUUGGGUUUCGCUACCGAGCAGUUCGCGCUCUUCACUGGUCCAACAGUCGGGGGCCUUCUGAAUGCUACAUUUGGCAAUGCCACCGAGUUGAUCAUAUCGAUCCAUGCGCUCCGGAGCGGAAAGCUGCGUGUGGUUCAGCAAUGUCUGCUCGGAUCAAUCCUGGCAAACGUGCUCCUGGUUCUCGGUUGCGCGUUCUUCACUGGGGGCCUCGCUUGUGGCAAAACGGAGCAGACUUUCAGCAAGGCAGAUGCGGUGCUGAACUCCGGCCUGCUCUUGAUGGCAGUCAUGGGGUUGCUGUCUCCUGCCAUGCUGCAUUAUACUCAUACGGAGGUUAACGUUGGCAAGUCAGAGCUGGCAUUAUCAAGGUUCAGCAGCUGCAUAAUGCUUGUUGCUUAUGCUUCUUUCAUUUACUUCGAGCUGUCGAACAGUCGCCGUGGUGAUGAAGCUAAUGAGGCAAGAGGUGGGAAUCAAGGGGAUGAGGACGACGAUGUUCCUGAAAUUUCCAAAUGGGAAGCCAUUGCUUGUCUUGCGAUUUUCACUGCUUGGAUCUCAGUACUCUCUGACUACUUAGUUGACGCAAUCGAGGGUGCUUCCAAGGCUUGGAGCAUACCAAUUGCAUUCAUCAGUGCUGUUUUGCUUCCAAUUGUGGGGAAUGCUGCAGAACACGUCAGUGCUGUUAUGUCUGCAAUGAAGGACAAAUUAGACAAUUCCCUUAGAGUGGCAAUAGGGUCGUCGACGCAGAUAUCCAUGUUUGUGAUACCAUUUUGUGUAGUGAUGGGAUGGCUGAUGGGCCAGCCAAUGGACUUGAAUUUCCAUCUGUUCGAAACUGCAAGCCUCUUACUAACCGUACUGGUUGUCGCAUUUUUGUUGCAGGAUGGGACUUCAAAUUGUGUAAAAGGGUUGAUGCUAGUUCUCUGCUAUCUGAUAGUAGCUGCCAGCUUUUUUGUACAUGCUGAUCCAAAUAUUGAUGGUGUUAAGCCUCCAUGAAACUAGAAUACCUCGAUGGUUAUUAUACGCAAUAUAUCUACCAUGGGACAACAUUUCCAAUCAGAACAGGAGCAAAUUCUGUAUUUUGAUCGACUUCUCAAGCUUUUCACAUUUAGAGGCCUUUUAAGAACACUCAUCGUUGUAGACACGCCGAAAGUCAAACAGAAGUAUAACAUGAACCUCCAGCUGUAUAGGCAGCAAUCUUGUUCUUCCGAUACGGGCAAAAAAAAAAAAAAAACAACAACUAGAAACAACCAUAAAUUUUGGUAAGAACUUAUGUUAUUGUGAUCUACAGAGAGUAAAAGCAAUCACACAGGAAACCAAUGAAUACCUGUUAGAUAUAUAGCCUUUGUGUAAUACCCCGUGUUACAUAGAGUUCUUUGUAUAUUGCUACUUGUAUAUGUAUAUAUAUUAGCUCAUA